UAUGUGUGCGUAUGUUGAAUUAGUAUCCGGUGAUUCAGUUGUUCUUCGUUUUAGUGUUAAAUUCUGUAACUAUUUGUUUUUUUAUUUGUUAUAGGGAAUUCUUGUGAUAAAUCUUUUUUUGUUCCUUCUAAUUUCCGGAUUCCUGAUGUUGUCUGAUCAGGAGAUUUUAAAAUUUAAAAUCAGGAGGAAAAUUUUCUUACGAGGUUCAUUGGUGUGAAUUUUUUGGCUUCUGAUGGUUGGUGAGCGAGGAAAAAUAGAAUAGAAUUUGAAACUCAAUGGUUGUGGUGAGACAGUUUGGGACAUUGAUGUUUUUGGAAGAGAUUGAAACAAAAGAAACAGCUGAUGAUGUUGUUAUUUGAGAUGAAUUAAACUAGCUGCUGUUCGGUUGGUGCAGUUCGGAGUAGAGAGAGAGAUUAAAAAUUUGGAAACUAUGAAAAGGAGCAAGGAGGUGUAACUGAAUCUAAGAACUUGUUCAUGCACGUGUCCAUUUGUGUUUCUGGGGUAUUAGAAGGAUCUCAUUCUCUUCCAAAUGGGUCAAAGAACAAGGAACUCCUGUGUAGAAGAAACAUGCCAUUUAGAAAUUUCUGCAGCAUCCUGUGGGUUCUAUAGCUCACAAUAAAGGUCUGGAGAGUUGCUUUCUUUCACGAUACUGAGACCUUUCAGCAUUAUGCAUGUCAGGCCCUGUGGCCGUUGUUGGUGAUGUGGGGGCACUGUCUUUGUCAGACAGGACAAGGUCUCUUGAUGCCAUCUCCUUUCAUGAAAGAGAACACCCAGAUGUAUUGACAAAUGGGGAAGUUUCUUGUAAUUCUUCUGAAACUGCCAGCUUUAGAGUUGGAGAGCUCAUACUACCUAAUGGGGAAUCUUAUUCAGGGUCCCUUCUUGGCAAUGUGCCUGAGGGUUCAGGAAAGUAUGUUUGGUCGGAUGGUUGCAAAUAUGAGGGUGAGUGGAGACGAGGGAUGAGGCAUGGAUAUGGCAAACUUCAAUGGCCUACUGGAGCAGUUUAUGAGGGUGAAUUUUCAGGUGGUUAUAUGCAGGGGACAGGGACAUACAUUAGGCCUGAUAAUAUGACAUAUAAGGGUCGCUGGAGGUUGAGUCUUAAACAUGGGCUUGGAUAUCAAGUUUAUCCUAGUGGAGAUAUAUUUGAAGGAGCUUGGAUUCAGGGUACCCCAGAAGGUCCUGGUAAGUAUACCUGGGCUAAUGGAAAUGUUUAUCUAGGUAAUAUGAAAGGGGGGGAAAUGUCAAGCAAAGGUACUCUUACUUGGAAAAAUGGGGACACAUAUGAAGGAAGUUGGUUAAAUGGCAUGAUGCAUGGAUUUGGAGUCUAUACAUGGAGUGAUGGUGGCUGCUAUGUUGGAACUUGGACGAGGGGGUUGAAAGAUGGAAAAGGAGCCUUUUAUCCAAGAGGCAGUAGGCUUGGUUCUGUACAAGAGGUUUACCUUAAUGCCCUGAGAAAACGAGGGCUGCUUCCAGAUUUAAGAAAGCAGAAUCAAGUUUCACAUAUUCAUCAUGCUUCUUCAGUUGAUUUGGGAGAUGUCAAGGUUGGUGGGAACUACAGAUCUCGACGUAGUUCAUCUGAUAAAUUUUCCAAGGGAAACCUAGUGAAUUUGGAGCAGUCUCGCACCACUAAUGUUUCAUUAGGAAGACGCUGGAGUAUGGAGGUAUCUAUUGAAAAAGUAAUAGGACAUGAUUUGUCAAUGGGUUUAUCUGAGACAGUUUCUGAAGGCGAAGAAAAUGAGUCUACCAAAUAUGCCCCUAUUCUCGAACGAGAAUAUAUGCAAGGUGUUUUAAUUAGUGAGCUUGUUUUAAGCAAUAGUUUGUCAUCGUCCAAAAGAGCAAAAAGGCGUCAGAAGAAGCUUGCAAAGGAUGUGAAGAGGCCUGGUGAAACAAUUAUUAAGGGUCACAGGAGUUAUGAUUUAAUGCUUAGUUUGCAGCUUGGUAUCAGAUAUACUGUGGGAAAAAUUACACCCAUACAAAGGCGAGAAGUGCGGGCUUCAGAUUUUGGCCCACGUGCAAGCUUUUGGAUGAAUUUCCCUAAAGAAGGAUCCCAAUUGACACCACCUCAUCAGUCAGAAGAUUUUAAGUGGAAAGAUUAUUGUCCGAUGGUUUUCAGGAAUUUAAGGGAGUUGUUCAAGAUUGAUGCUGCUGAUUACAUGAUGUCCAUUUGUGGCAAUGAUGCUCUUAGGGAACUAUCAUCUCCAGGAAAAAGCGGUAGCAUCUUUUUCUCGUCGCAGGAUGAUCGUUUUAUGAUUAAGACACUCAGAAAAUCUGAAGUAAAGGUUCUUCUGCGGAUGCUUCCGGACUAUCAUCAUCAUGUGCGGACGUACGAUAACACACUCAUAACUAAGUUUUUUGGUCUCCACAGGAUCAAACCCUCUAGUGGCCAAAAGUUUCGCUUUGUGGUAAUGGGCAAUAUGUUCUGCACAGAAUUAAGGAUCCAUCGCAGAUUUGAUUUGAAGGGUUCCUCAUUAGGGCGUUCAGCUGACAAGUUUGAAAUUGAUGAAAAUACAAUACUCAAAGAUCUGGAUCUGAAUUACUGCUUUUAUUUGGAACCUUCAUGGCGGGAAGCUCUACUGAAGCAGAUUGAAAUUGAUAGUGAAUUUUUGGAAGCACGGCAUAUAAUGGAUUACAGCCUUCUGUUGGGUGUCCAUUAUCGAGCCCCUCAACACCUGCAAUCUCUUAUCUCUUACAAUAGAAGUGUACCAGUAGAUGGAUUGGGAAUUGUUGCAGAAGAAGAAGCUAUGGAGGAUGAGAUGUCCAACUACCCUCAAGGCCUUGUUUUGGUUCCACGUGGAGGUGAUGAUGAUAGUAUUGUUGUGGGUCCUCAUAUUAGAGGAAGCCGAUUGAGAGCUGCAUCUGCCACUGGUGACGAGGAAGUGGAUCUCCUUCUUCCUGGUACCGCAAGGCUCCAGAUUCAGCUGGGAGUAAACAUGCCAGCCAGAGCUGAACAUAUCCCUGGGAAAGAAAAGACACAGAUGUUCCAUGAAGUAUAUGAUGUUGUCUUGUACCUGGGGAUCAUCGACAUAUUGCAGGACUACAACAUAAGUAAGAAGAUUGAGCAUGCAUACAAGUCCAUUCAAUUCGAUUCAGUAUCGAUAUCUGCAGUCGACCCUACGUUCUACACCCAGCGCUUUCUGGAAUUCAUUCGAAAGGUAUUCCCUCCAAAUGCCGUAGCAGCCUAGAAAUGCCAUGCAUUGACAUCAUAUCUUCCUCCGGUAAGGGUCUUGCUUUUGCCUAAGCUACCCUUCCUGCUCGACAAUGUCGUCCCCGGCAUCUCAAAAACCAGAACCGGAUCUUUCCACCUGGGUCGCUACAGGUGGGGAAGACCUCUGAUGUUGUAUGUUUUACAAAUGCAAAAGUCCAGUCCCAUGCUCGUUCUAAGGCGUGACAAAAUGUCCAUGAUUUCUUACAAAUUUUGUGUUACCUGUAAUUUGUUUUCCCAGUUUAAUUGCGACUAUGGUGCAUGCAAUCUGUAAUUUACUCUCAUCCUCUUUUUACAUUACAAUGAGUAGAGUUUGUUCUGUUUUCCAA